GAGGAGGUGUGUCUGUGGCUGAACAAGCACACGCCUCUUGCAUAAAUACUCAACACAACUGUAAUGCUGAUCAGACGCACCAAAUUAAAGAGCUGUGUUGUCGUGCUGUGGCUAUCAGACUUGUCGCACAGUUACUUUCGGUUUGCGUGAGCGUCCUGUGCUGCCUUGGAGAGAAGGAAGACAGUGAAAGCAGAGAGAAGUCUGUGACUGUAAUUACAUUCCUCAAUCAGCAGAAUUGACAGCAGGUGUGAAUUAAUGUCUGUAUUUUCCCCGCAGAUAUACUGCCCAGUGUUUGUGCCCGGCCGAGAUAUGACUGAGGUGAUGAUGAACAGCACCACCAUGGAGGACAUGAGGCUCAGCCCCAGCAAGGACAGACUCUCCUUCCAGAUAUUCCCAGACCCUUCAGACUUUGACCGUUGCUGUAAGCUCAAAGAUCGUCUGCCAUCCAUUGUGGUUGAGCCGACAGAGGGAGAAGUCGAGAGCGGGGAGCUUCGCUGGCCUCCAGAGGAGUUUCUGGUUAGUGAAGAGGAGGAGGAGGAAGAAGUUGAGCAGAAUAAUGGCAAUAUCCCAAACGGACAGCCGACACAGAAUUCUCAGCACUAGAGGCUGUGUUGCAGCACCCAUACUCUCUUGGUCCCUCUUUCUUUCUGAUGGACUCUCCAUUCCCCACACUGGUUACACUGCACCUCAGCACUCCAACAGACUCAACUGGCAGACACACACUGAGUAUCUUGUGAUGCCAUCUCAUUUCCCUUGACACCAAAGCAUCACUCCCACAAGAGAAUCAAUACACACAGGCAACACACUCUCUCACAAAAUAAUUUAUCCUCCUGGACUGCAAACCCACCAAAACAGACUUAAAGAAUGGACACUCACGCCUCUAACCUACACUUACUUCCUACUAUGCUUACCACCGUGUGUGUCUCGGCCCAGAAAGGAUGUCCUGUUGGACAGCGGCAGCUCAGUGCUCCAUGGACAGCUCUUACACUGCAGGGGGGCUACAACUGCUCUGUACUUUACUCCAAAAUGGCUGGCGUCAUGACCCCAGAGACUUCAUACUCGCAUACAGAACGUUUGUGGUACCCGUGGGGAUUAUAGUCUACAAUGCACUGUCCAUACCUGUGUUCAGUUUCUGGAUUGAUAUGUUAAUUAUUGUGAUUGCCACUGCUGUCCAUAGAUUUGUCUGUUUCUGAGAAGUGAAUGUUUUGUGAUUUGUCUUGUUUUUUGAGAAGUGGGUGUUUUGUGUAAAACAUUACUGGGAUUUUUUUCUCCCCCUGCAAGACUUGUCUAAAAUAUACAGUGACCUUAUGUUAGGCAGUCACAUUAAAAAGGCAACCUGGAAUCAUUUUUUUUAGAAGUGAGCAGAAAGUGAAAAAAUAAACCAGUAUGCCCUGCUAUGUUUAAUUGAUACAGCCAUUGUACAAAGGCUUGUUAUGCAGUAAGGGCACAGUCAUUCUAUGAUCCUCUCAUUACAUUGGCCUCCUUUUAAGCCUUAUGACAAACAGUACUUAGAUGACAAAGCAAAAUAGUAGAACAUUGAGAAAUAAAUGUGACGCAAACAGGUUACUGUUCAAAAGGGCAAAGCUGAGUAAGGACUGAAAAUUUUUAAAUUUUGACAAAGCAGUUGAUAAAGCAAUGUACAGACCCAAUGAACGACGUGUAAAUACUUGUUUCCAAUGAGCAAAUCCCUGAGGCCUUGUAGUGCAAUGAUCUUGUUUGUACUUUGGGUUUGGUUUACUUUUAGAAAGACAAAUUGAGAAUCGCUCUGAGCUGUACACACCUGAACUGAAAGUCUUUCCUAGUCUUCCCUUAUUUUAUUUUAAUUGUGUUUCUUUUUUUUUUUUUGUGUUCGAAAACAGCCACAUUUUUGACACCGUGAAGUUCAGGUCAUGGAGAAUUCACACUGUAGGGCGGCGUUCACAUAUAAGUGAGGCAAUAGCUAAAACCGUAUUAAACUCUUUAUUCACAAUAAAAUUAGUCCUGAUGUUUGCCAAAAGCUGUUGAUGGGAAAUGUUUGUUCUCUGGUAGUAACAUCUGUCAUUUUAUUUGUUUUGUAUUGCAAUUUCAAAAGUUGGUGUUCUUUUGUUUCUCUUACAAUCAUCACUUAUCAUUUGUGGAACAAGUAUUUGUCUGUCAAUUUGUGGAAAAGAUUUCACUUUUGUGUACACUAUGAAAUACUGUUGUACAAGCAUGACUGAGAUAUGUCUGUUUUUGUAAUUUCUCAUUGAGUGGCAUUAGGGCUGUGUACAGAACAUCUCUCUCUUUCUCCUGUCUGUCACCUACAGGUCCCACAUUGUUUUUGUAAAGCUCAGGGAGAUUAGCCGCCAUCUUUCUCGUGUUUUUGUUUUUUGUAUUUAGACCACUUUACUCUGACAAUUACAGAGGCUGUAAAUAAACAUUUGAAUUUACUAUCCAA